GGGAAUUUACGUUUAUUGUGGCGGGAAUCUCAACCCAAUUUUCUUCAAAAAUGUUUCUUGGAAAACAGGGUUUUUUUAAAGGUUUUAAGAGACUUGCAUCGUCUUUUGUGUUAACGGAACAACAGGGAGCAGUAUUUUCUAUCCAACUGAACCGCCCAGAAGUGAGAAAUGCAAUAAAUAACGAAACAGCGAUACAACUUAGGCAAGCGUUUCGACAAUUUGAAGAUGAUGUUGACAGCCGGAUUGCAGUGCUGUCCGGCAGUUCAGGCACAUUUUCUGGUGGAUACGAUCUCAAGGAAGUCUCCAAGUGGGAUGUGAAGGACGUUAUGGAAAUUUUUAAGGCCGAAGACGGUCCAAUGGUGAGUGUUCUAUCUUGUAUUGUUCACUGAACCCACGUGGGUUUAAAUGGUACCGUCGUUUGCUUGUGCCCGUGAACACUUCCAGGUAGCAAUAUUGUCUCACGUGACACUUGAAUAUUUUUCAAGAGCGUUACAAGUUUACUCCCCCCAUGGAGGAAAUUGGAAGUUAACUCCCCUACCUAGUAUACUACUAUUGAAAUCCAGGGCCGUAGGAAGCUCUUUUCGAUUGGGGGGGCUGAAAGCGAGGGCCGAAGGCCCGUGGAAAUUUUUAAAUUUAGAGUCUCUAAAAUGCCAUUUCCUGGACUUUGGGGGAAGAUUUAACAGAAUUCUGAUAGUCAGAAAACUGCGUUUUAGUAUGUCGAAAUUUACAGGAAAGUAUGGGCCAGACUGUAGUAUUAUAAAUGCGCAGCGGGAAUUUUCGUCGUAAAUGGCAGUUGCGCGGAAAUGAAGGCAGAACAUUUGAGAAAAUUUCGAGAACCUGGAGUCUCUAGAUGGUCUGAAAUGGCAUUUUCAGAGUUUUCUUUCGCAAGACCCAACACGCAAAAGACAAAAUAAAUCAUUAGUUCAUCAAAAAUGUGCAGAUUUUGUGGGAUUUUCUUGAAAAUGCGCGACAGAAAUUCAGCUAAAAUUUCUACGCGAGGAACGAUCUGGAGUAUGAGUAAUAUCUUCAUUCUUUGCAGUUUGUCACAGAUUAAAUGAUAAAGUUUGCAUGAUUUUGAAAAAAGAAUGAUUAUUAGCAAAUUAUUGGGGGGGCUGCAGCCCCCCCAGCCCCCCCGGUUGCUAUGGCCCUGAAAUCAAAUUUUUCUGCCCUUCAAGACAACAGAAAUUUCCUCUGUGGUGGGUGUAUGCAUGGAUCUUUUCUGAAACGACCCAAUAAUGUUCUGGGGUUUUUUAGGGUCCAACCCGUGAACAGUUUAGUAAGCCAGUGAUUGCAGCGAUAUCUGGAUACGCUGUUGGUGGGGGUUUGGAACUAGCUCUGUUGUGUGACAUGAGAGUUGUUGAGGAAGAUGCAAUAAUGGGUUUCUUCAACAGAAGAUGGGGUAAAUAUCAUUGAUUGCCACAAAUAUUUUGAUUAAGAAUAAGAAGGGAACUUGAUGCAGACAUAAUAGACCUUGCUAUCUAUGGUUUUGUCUUGGUUUAUGCUAGGAAUGGUUGGUUCAUCAUCAUGUGUGUAUUGUUUAUUACCAAUCGUGAUGUUACACAUGCAAUGAUUAAAUGAAAUGAAAACAUAGUGCUGAUUUCAGCUGCUUUAUUAAUAAGGAAUAAAAAAGCCAGACAAGCAAACAAUGUUUAGCACUAAGUUUCUGACAAAACAACUUGUCUGAUCAUGCAACCAAGAAGCAACUUCUUGAUGAUUUUUUUACUUGCCCCAGGCAAGUGCUGAUUCCUGUUUUGUUUCUAGGAGUUCCACUGGUUGAUGGAGGUACAGUGCGUUUAGGUAAGCUAAUUGGCCUCUCCCGCGCACUGGAUCUAAUUCUCACAGGGAGGUCAGUAGAUGCAACCGAAGCUUUAAAUUUUGGUUUAGCCAAUCGUGUUGUUUCUAAAGGGACUGCUUAUAAGGAGGCGUUUGCAUUAGCCAAUCAGAUUGCAUCUUUCCCACAACUGUGUUUAACUGAGGAGCGUGAGUCAGCGUAUUAUGCCAUGUUUAACGCAUGCUCGUUGGAUGAUGCUUUGAGGUUUGAGAAAGAGAACUCUGAGGAUUGUUUAAUGGAGGCAAUCAAAGGCGCUGGAAAGUUUGCUGCUGGAGCUGGACGAGCUGGAACCUUUGAAGAUCAUAAUAAUUAGUAAUUAGAAUGAUGACAUUUGUUGGAAGAUUAAUAAUUAGUAAUUAGAAGGAAGAUAUUCAUACUUCUAAUUUUAUUAUCAGCAGAAAAUCUCUCUAAUGUAUUGUACAAGAUUUUGAAAUAUAACUAAAGAUUUACUAAAUGUGUCUUGUUUGUCAUUGGUGUGUGAUGGUCACAUGAUUUCCUCAUAAUUUGGCA